AUGUUCCAUUUAGCGUCCUCCCUAUACACCCAGUACACGAAACGAGAACAGUACAACGUGCUUAUUCUCGGCUUGGACAAUGCGGGAAAGACUACAUUUUUAGAGCACGUUAAGCUUCUCUACUCAUCUCCGGAAUCAAGUAAACAUGCACCGAUCAAUGAAGCACAUGCGUCUGAAGCCAACAAUGCCACAUCCAAGGCAUUGAAAUCCAAGAGAAUCCUCCCCACUGUAGGACAAAACACGACAACCGUCAAAUACGAGGCUGCCCGAGAGUCAACAUUGUCCAAAUCGUACAAUAAUAUCAACUUGAAGUUCUGGGACCUCGGAGGGCAGCAGUCGCUCAGAAGUAUGUGGUCCCGAUACUACCGUCAAUGCCAUGGCAUUAUCUUUGUCAUAGAUUCCACCGAUACCGCCAGGUUCCAAGAAUGCUACGACACGUUGAUGGAGAUAUCUCACAACCCGUCCUGGGCUGCUACCGAAGAAGACGGAGAGAGCAGUACGGCUUCCGAAGCUCAAGAACACCUCAUGUCUCAGCAGGACGAGGCAACUGUAAACGUACCGAUACUCAUGAUGGCCAAUAAGCAGGACUUACCAGAAGCCGUCGAUUUGGUGUCGUUGAAGACCGGUGUGUUCAUCCAGGUUGUCUCAGAAUUGGAAGCAACGGACCUGAAAUUGCUACCCGUGUCAGUCCUCGAGAACCAGGGACUCAAGGAAAGCUUGGAGUGGCUAGUCACGAGGUUGGUGUACAACAAGAGUAACAAAAUGCCCGAAUAUAGAUAG